AAAAAACACGUACUCAAAUGAGACGCACUCAUAUGCCACCUCCCCACCUCCCGGUAUUUGGCAAAAAAAGUGCCUGUUUAACUAAAUCGGCCUGUCCACGUAACGCGUGAUUCCGUCACGAUUUUUGUUGUUUUGCGAGUCUCUUGGCGUUCGAACAAAAGGAAACGAAGGAAUUGUUUACAUCUAGUCUUGUAGAGAAAAGUGAGCUGAACAAUAUGUGAUAUUUUUCGUUUUCGGAGAAUAUCGUGUUCGUCAAUUACAACAAAAUUUUUACGAGCCCCAAUCAAAAGUCCGCCAAAACGAGGCCGUAAAACUUUUGUUACAUUUGAGAACCACGACCCUCUGCGGAGACAGAAAAUAUCAUAUUUUGUUCAGCUCACUUUUCUCUACAAGAUUAGAUGUAAACAGUCCUUGAGUUUCCUUUUGUUCGAGCACCACGAGAAAACAACAAAAAUCGUGACGGAAUCACGAAAAGACGACCGUUACGUGGACAGGCUGAAAUAAUAUAUUCCGCUCAUUUUGAUUAGAAGGACAAUGUAGUAUAUAGUGUUCAAUUGUCUCAAUCUCUCCAGAUUGGACACUUGGGAAGGUUUCCUCGUCAAUAAUAGAUCUUUGUUGUCUUCUUGUAUUGUUAACUGUCAGAUAAGUUUACGCUGAUUCUACUUGUUAUAUAUAAAUUAUUUUAUGUGAUAUUUUUUUUUCUAUAAUUUUAGUCUAAAUCGAAAUUUAUUUCUCUGUGGCAAUUAUCUGGAUUAACAUUUAAUGAUUUACUAAAACCACAUAUAAUCAAUGAACAACUAUUAGUCGAUUAUGAUUGGUUAUUAAAUUCAGUAACAACACAAUCUUCCACACCGUCAUCUUCAUUAUCAUCCACACAUGAUACCACAUUGACAAUGUCGUCCUUAGAACAACAACAAUCUUCUACAAUCACAAUAGAUAAUCCUCAUUCUGAUCCUCAUCUUGUUAAAUUAUUUCGAUGCGUCAGUGAUCAACAAGUUGCUACAAAUGUACCAGAUCAAGAAAUAAUUCGAUAUAUUUAUGAUAAAAUGGAUUCAUCUGACAAAUAUUAUAUUCGUAACAUUGUAUUAUCAUAUUUGGAAGCAUGUCUAGUAACACGAGAUCCAAAUAAUAAAAAGAUAAAUGACUAUGUGGCCAAAAAACGAAUGGGCAUUUUAAGUUCAAUUAUUCAACAUGAACAAGACAAAGAGAUACAAGCCGUUUAUGCUAUACAAAAUUUUAUAACAAAAUUAGAACAUCCAUCCAAAAUGGCUCGUCUUUUAUUUGAUAUUUUCUACGAUGAAGAAUGUGUAAGUGAAGAUGCCUUUUUGGAAUGGAAACAUCAUCCGGAUCAAUCUGAAAUUAAUGGUCAUUCUGUAUUAACUCUAUCAACAAAAGAUUUUUUUGAUUGGUUAUCACAAGCUGAAACAGAAACAGAACAAGAACAAGAAGAUGAACAAACGUAA